GUGCCACUUUCAGGUCUCCUCACACUGCUGGUGUGUUCCAUUUUUUGUCAUAGGGUGCUGGCAGAUUACGGGCCUCCCAUAGCUGCUGCCAGGCCCCUAAUCUGCCAUGGGCCCCUGUACCGCCUCCUCAUGCUGCUGCCAGGUCCAGAGUGUGUCAUGGGUCCCUGUACGGCCUCCCAUUGCUGCUGUCUCCAUCGCCACACUCUGCCAUGUGCCACUUUCAGGUCUCCUCACACUGCUGGUGGUUUCCAUUUUUGUCAUAGGGUGCUGUAUGGCCUCCCAUUGCUGCUGCCUCCACCGCCACACUGUGGCUCCACACUCUGGUUUUGGCCCCGUGACUGCCCAAAUGAGUGCACUCAUCUGCAUGUCAUACUGACUGACAGUAUU